CUCCUUGUAUACUCCUCCCCUUUAGCAAUAACUCGGCCAAACGCCUCAGCUCUUUCUCUUUUUAUUAUACAUUUCUCUCUCCGUCAAACCAGCAAAGCUCAGCAAAAGUCUUUCUGCAGUAGAACAAAAUGGACUCCUCUCGCCGAAAAACAGUACUUCCUUUUGGAUUUAUUUUAUUCCUUUCCUUGUUUCAGGUUAUAUUAAUUAUACAAGUGGUCGUUGCACAGACGACAAAUGGUGAACUAAGGCAGAGACAUGCUGAAGGAUAUUGUGCAAUGUAUGACAUUUGUGGAGUGCGAAGUGAUGGAAAAGUAGUGAACUGUGCUUCCGGUUCUCCAGCAGUAAAGCCUGAUGAGUUACUUUCAUCAAAGAUUCAAAGUUUGUGCCCAACAAUCCCUGGAAAUGUUUGUUGUACGGAAGCUCAAUUUGAUACACUACGGAGUCAAGUCCAGCAAGCAAUUCCUUUCCUAGUAGGCUGUCCGGCAUGCUUGAGAAACUUUUUGAAUCUGUUCUGUGAGCUCUCAUGCUCUCCAAAUCAAAGUUUGUUCAUCAAUGUGACUUCUGUAUCCCAGGUCAAAAGUAACUUGUCUGUGGAUGGAAUUGACUUCUACGUAACUGAUGAUUUUGGUGAAGGAUUGUAUGAAUCUUGCAAGGAUGUCAAGUUUGGUACCAUGAAUUCUCGUGCUAUGGAAUUUAUUGGUGCUGGUGCUAAAAACUUUAAAGAGUGGUUUGCUUUUAUUGGUAGGCGAGCACCAAAUAACAUGCCAGGUUCACCAUAUGCCAUUCAAUUCCUGCUAUCUGUCCCAGAAUCAUCUGGGAUGAAACCUAUGAAUGUAUCCACUUAUCCAUGUAGAGAUGUUUCACUGGGCUGUUCUUGUGGUGAUUGCCCUUCAUCUCCUGUCUGUUCUAAUACAGCUAUAUCUACUUCCAUUAAUGGGGCUAAAUGUUCUGUUCGAAUUGGAUCUCUUAAGGCCAAAUGCGUCGAUUUAGCUUUUGCAAUCCUAUAUGUUGUAUUGGUUUCUAUGAUUUUCGGAUGGGGCUUGUUUAACCGGACAAGAAAAAGAAGACGGUCUUUUCGAAUGAAACCAUUUUUGGAUACAGCUGAUAGUGAAUCUCAUUCUAUUAAUAGGCAAAAAGCUGAGAACCUCCCCAUGCAGAGGCUAGAAGAUGCUAAUCUAAGUAUCACUGCAGUUCGACUUUCUGCUGUGCAAGGAUACAUGUCAAACUUUUACAGGAAAUAUGGACUAUGGGUUGCUAGACAUCCAACCCUUGUAUAGUUUGCAGUGGGAAUGGUUCUUCUACUUUGCUUGGGCCUGGUCCGUUUCAAGGUGGAAACACGACCAGAGAAGCUAUGGGUAGGACCUGGAAGUAAAGCUGCAGAAGAGAAGCGUUUUUUUGACAGCAACCUAGCUCCUUUUUACAGAAUUGAGCAGAUAAUAUUAGCUACAAUUCCAGAUCCCUUAUAUGGUAAAUCACCCAGCAUUGUGACUGAGGAAAACAUUAAGUUGUUAUUUGAAAUACAAAAGAAGAUUGAUGGAAUCCGGGGAAAUUAUUCUGGCUCAAUGAUAUCUUUGACAGAUAUUUGCAUGAAGCCGAUGGGGCAGGAUUGUGCUACACAAAGUGUUAUACAGUAUUUCAAAAUGGAUCCAAGUUAUGAUGCUGAUGAUCGAGUGGAACACGUGAACUAUUGUUUUCAGCAUUAUACCUCUGCAGAAUCAUGUAUGAGUGCUUUUAAAGCACCAGUAGAUCCUAGCACUGUAUUAGGAGGUUUCUCUGGGAGCAACUAUACCGAGGCUUCCACAUUUAUAGUAACUUAUCCGGUAAACAAUGCUGUUGACAAAGAAGGGAAUGAAACUCAAAAGGCAGUGGCUUGGGAAAAGGCCUUUGUUUGGUUAGCAAAGGAUGAGUUGUUGCCUAUGGUUCAAUCUAAAAAUUUGACAUUUUCGUUUUCCUUGGAAAGCUCCAUCGAGGAUGAGUUGAAAAGAGAAAGCACUGCAGAUGUCAUAACCAUAUUGAUAAGCUAUCUCGUGAUGUUUGCAUACAUAUCUCUGACCUUGGGUGAUACACCUCGAUUAACUUCUUUUUACAUUUCAUCUAAGGUAUUGCUUGGCCUUUCUGGCGUUGUGCUUGUCAUGCUCUCAGUUCUUGGAUCAGUAGAAUUUUUCAGUGCUAUUGGAGUAAAAUCUACCCUAAUCAUAAUGGAAGUUAUUUCCUUUCUUGUUCUUGCAGUUGGGGUGGACAACAUGUGCAUACUGGUGCAUGCUGUUAAGCGACAGCCUUUGGACUUACCUCUAGAAGGAAGGAUAAGCAAUGCACUCGUGGAAGUUGGGCCAUCCAUAACCCUUGCUAGUCUAUCUGAGGUUUUUGUGUUUGCAGUUGGAAGUUUCAUUCCUAUGCCAGCGUGCCGAGUGUUCUCCAUGUUUGCAGCACUUGCCGUUUUGUUGGACUUCCUCGUGCAGGUCACUGCUUUUGUUUCUCUGAUAGUUUUCGACUUUUUACGAGCUGAGGGAAGAAGGGUUGAUUGUUUUCCAUGUAUAAAAGCAGCAUCGGCAUAUGCUGAAUCUGAGAAAGGCAGUGGUACUGGUGGGAGAAAACCCGGGCUAUUGGCUCGAUAUAUGAAGGUACAUGCUCCCAUUCUCAGUCUUUGGGGAGUGAAAAUUAUAGUCAUUUCUGCGUUUGUUGCUUUUUCAUUGGCUAGCAUUGCAUUGUCCACCCGAAUCGAGCCUGGUUUGGAGCAAAAGAUUGUUCUUCCCCAAGACUCAUAUCUUCGCGGCUAUUUCAAUAAUGUUUCUGAGUAUCUCAGAAUUGGACCGCCGCUCUAUUUUGUCAUGAAGAACUAUAAUUAUAGUUCAGAAUCAAUAGAUACGAAUAAGUUGUGCUCUAUCAGCCAAUGUAACUCAGACUCUCUUUUAAAUGAGAUAGCUAGAGCAUCCUUGACACCAGAAUCAAGCUAUAUUGCUAAGCCAGCUGCUUCUUGGCUUGAUGAUUUUCUCGUAUGGUUAUCUCCGGAAGCAUUUGGUUGCUGUCGGAAAUUUACUAAUGGGAGUUAUUGUCCCCCUGACGAUCAGGUUAUGAUCCUAUUUUUCUUGGUACUUAUUGUUGGAUUUAAUGCAGCUCCUAUGAAUGCCGGAGGUUCUUCAUUUUCCAAUAAGGUAUACCAAAAUAUGUAUUCAAAUAGCUUGGACGGACUGCAUCUGAUGCCUCAUUUGCAUUUUGUUUGUGAAAAGAAAAUUGAUUAUGUUAACUCAAUGAGGGCUGCUCGACAAUUUGCUGCACGAGUUUCUGAUUCUUUAAAGAUGGAAAUCUUCCCAUAUUCUGUGUUUUAUAUGUUCUUUGAGCAAUACCUUGAUAUAUGGAAGACGGCUCUCAUCAACCUUGCAAUUGCGAUUGGUGCGGUAUUUUUUGUUUGUUUAGUUAUUACAUGCAGUUUGUGGACCUCAGCGAUCAUAAUGCUGGCGUUGGCAAUGAUUCUCAUUGAUCUUAUGGGUGUGAUGGCCAUUCUCGGAAUUCAACUCAAUGCGGUCUCUGUUGUUAAUCUUGUUAUGUCAGUUGGCAUUGCUGUUGAGUUCUGCGUGCAUAUAACACAUGCAUUUUCGGUAAGUAGCGGGAAUAGAAAUGAAAGGGUAAAGGAAGCUCUCGGUACAAUGGGAGCUUCUGUCUUCAGUGGAAUCACGUUGACAAAGCUAGUAGGGGUGCUGGUUCUUUGCUUCUCGAAGACGGAAGCUUUCGUGGUCUAUUAUUUCCAGAUGUACCUAGCAUUGGUCCUUCUAGGUUUCUUACAUGGGCUUGUGUUUUUUCCGGUGGUGUUGAGCAUGCUUGGUCCACCAUCGAGAUGUGUACAGGUUGAGAAGCAAGACGAACGGCCUUCGGUUUCAUCUCUGCCUUAGUGCGAUAACCUUUCACAACUCCUUUUGUAGAGAGUUUACAAUUCAAUUUCUGUCUGAUAUAGAAACUUAAUGUAUAAC